GCGGCACUACGGCGAGAGAGUGGGAGAAGGGGAAGCCGGAAGGGGGUGCAAGUUAGGCCAGAGGAGUCGGGGGGCGGGGGGCGGCCGGCAGCUCACGGGAAGACGAGGGGCGCGCGUGCGCUCGCUUCUUCCCGACCCCUCAACUCGCGUCGCGCCGCGGCUGCCUUCCUCGGCGGCCAGGUGACAGCUGGGCCCGGCCGGUCGCGCGCGCGCGCGCCGCCGGACUCCCCUCCCCGCCCCUCCCCCGCGUCCUGUCCGCCCCGUCGCGUCCCGUCGGGUGCUCAAGCGCGGCUGCGACUCCGGGGAGCGAGUCUUGACAUUCCGGCGCCCCCGUCCGGUCCCGGCUGCUCCCCCUCCCCACUCCCCCCGCGGCGGGGCCGGCCGCCGUCCCGGCCCCAGGAUGCAGAAUGUGAUAAACACAGUGAAGGGAAAGGCACUGGAGGUGGCCGAGUACCUGACCCCGGUCCUCAAGGAAUCAAAGUUUAAGGAAACAGGUGUUAUCACCCCAGAAGAGUUUGUUGCAGCUGGAGAUCACUUAGUCCAUCACUGUCCAACAUGGCAAUGGGCUACAGGGGAAGAACUGAAAGUGAAGGCAUAUCUACCAACAGGCAAACAAUUUUUGGUCACCAAAAAUGUGCCAUGCUAUAAACGGUGCAAGCAGAUGGAAUAUUCAGAUGAACUGGAAGCAAUCAUUGAAGAAGAUGACGGUGAUGGGGGAUGGGUAGAUACUUAUCAUAACACAGGUGUUACAGGAAUCACCGAAGCAGUUAAGGAGAUUACAUUGGAAAGCAAGGACAGUAUCAAACUCCAAGAUUGCUCAGCAUUGUGUGAGGAAGAAGAAGAGGAAGAGGAGGGAGAAGCUGCAGAUAUGGAAGAAUAUGAAGAGAGUGGACUUUUGGAAACAGAUGAGGCUACUCUCGACACAAGGAAAAUAGUAGAGUCUUGUAAAACCAAAACUGAGGCUGGAGGUGAAGAUGCUAUUUUGCAAACCAGAACAUAUGACCUAUACAUCACUUAUGAUAAAUACUACCAGACACCCCGACUAUGGUUGUUUGGGUAUGAUGAGCAACGACAGCCUUUAACAGUUGAGCACAUGUAUGAAGAUAUUAGUCAAGAUCAUGUGAAGAAAACAGUGACCAUUGAAAAUCACCCUCAUCUCCCACCGCCUCCUAUGUGUUCAGUUCACCCAUGCAGGCAUGCUGAGGUGAUGAAGAAAAUCAUUGAGACUGUUGCUGAAGGAGGGGGAGAACUUGGUGUUCAUAUGUAUCUUCUAAUUUUCUUGAAAUUUGUACAAGCUGUCAUUCCAACAAUAGAAUAUGAUUACACAAGACACUUCACAAUGGUACUGGAACAAAGGCAGAGCUGCAGACCAACGGAACAGGGUGGAAUAUCCCUACCCACAACCCCAAAUGUGAGAUCAUCUAAUCUUUGAUAGGGGAGCAAGAAAUGUCAAGUGGAGCAAGGAAAGCCUCUUUAACAAAUGGUGUUGGCAAAACUGGACGACCACAUGCAAAAGAAUGGGCUUAGAUCUCGACCUGACACCAUGCACAAAAGUCAGAUCAAAAUGGAUUAAAGACCUCAACAUCAGACCACAAUCCAUAAGAUACAUUGAAGACAAAGUCAGCAAAACCCUCCACGAUAUUGAAGCUACAGGUACCUUCAAAGAUGACACGCAAGUGAUCAACCAAAUGGAAACAGAUAAACAAAUGGGACUAUAUUAAACUAAGAAGCUUCUGCACCGCAAAAGAUACAGUGACCAGAAUAGAAAGACAAUCCACAGAAUGGGAAAGGAUAUUUACCCAAUACCCAUCUGAUAAGGGAUUGUUAUCAAGGGUAUAUAAGGCACUGGUUGAACUCUACAAGAAGAAAACAUCCAACCCCAUCAAAAAAUGGGGUGAAGAAAUGAACAGAAACUUGCCCAAAGAAGAGAUACAAAUGGCCAAAAGGCACAUGAAAAAAUGCUCUUCAUCACUAAUCAUCAGGGAGAUGCAGAUUAAAACAACUGAGAUACCACCUCACACCACAGAGAAUGGCACACAUCCAAAAGAUCAAAAGCAACCGCUGUUGGAGGGGAUGUGAGGAGAAAGGGACCCUUCUAUACUGUUGGUGGGAAUGCCGACUUGUUCAGCCCUUCUGGAAAACAAUAUGGAAACUCCUCAAAAAAUUAGUAAUUGAGCUCCCAUUUGACUCAGCAAUACCACUUCUAGGAAUAUAUCCCGGAGAAGCAAAAAAGUAUAGUCGAAAUGACAUCUGCAUUUAUAUGUUCAUCGCAGCACUGUUUACAACAGCCAGAACCUGGAAAAAAACCCGAGUGCCCGAGAACAGAUGACUGGUUAAAGAAACUUUGGUACAUCUAUACAAUGGAAUACUAUGCAGCUGUUAGAAGAGAUUAAGUCAUGAAUUUUGAAUAUUAGUGGAUCCACAUGGAAAGUAUCAUGCUAAGUGAAAUGAGUCAUAGAGAGACAUACAUAGAAAGAUUGCAUUCAUCUGUGGAAUAUAAAAUAAGAGUAGGAGACUAACACCCAAGAAUAGUAGAAAUAAGGACCACGAGGCUGCCUCCAUGGCUUGGAAGCUGGCCUCACAUGCUGGGGGAAAAGGCAGUUCAGAUAGAGAUGGGAACUAAACUGUGGUUGGAGGACCCGGUCGAGAGGGGAGAUGCGUGCUGAAAGUAGACUAUAGAUUGAACAUGAUGGCCACUCGAUAUCCCUAUUACAGACCACAACACCCAAAAGGAGAGAGAGAACAAAAGGGAAUUCCCCACACACACAGGUGGGGGGAAG